CGGCGUGAGGCUAACAAGGACCGGCUGCAGGAACCGGGGUGCUGAGAACAUACCAGCAUUUGUUCACUGGAGAUCAGUUCUUCAACUCAUUGAUUGUACAAGGGAUUCAAACAUCUGACUGUCUGAAUUGCGAGAUGAUUGAUCGCAGUGAGAUAUCAUUCUCCUUCUCUCAGUGUGGGAAAGGAUUCACUCACAGCCUACCCACAGACACGCCAGUGAGUUCACAGUGGGGAGAGGCCAUUCACCUGCUCUGUGUGAGGGAGGGGAACUACUCAGUCAACCAGCCUGAAGAUACAUCAGCAAGUUCACACCACAGUGAGAUGCUCCACCUGUUCUGACAGCGGGAAGCAAUUCAUUCUGUCAUUGAUGCUGAAGAUAUAUCCAAAAAUUCACCAGUGAGGAGACGUUUCUCAGAGUGCAGGAAGGCACUGACACAAUCAACCACACUACAGAGACACCAGCAAAUUCACAUGGUGCCAUGGCCUUUCCCCAUCUCUGAAUGUCGAAACAGAUUCAUUUAGUCAUCUCAAAUGAACGAACGUCACCAGUUCACACUGAGAAGAUGCCGCUCACCUGCUCAGACUGUGGGAAGGAGUUCACUUCGUCAUCUCAACUGAGGGUACAUCGGCGAGUUCACACUGGGGAGAGGCUGUUCACCUGCUCAGAAUGUGGAGAGGCAUUCACUCGGUCAUCUCACCUACUGAGACACCAGCUGGUUCACACUGGGGAGAAACCGUUCAGCUGCUCAGAAUGUGGGAAGGCAUUCACUCGGUCAUCUCAACUACAGGAACAUCAGCAAACUCACACUGGGGAGAAACCGUUCAGCUGCUCAGAAUGUGGGAAGGGAUUCACUCGGUCUUCUGACCUGAAGGUACAUCAGCAAGUUCAUUCUGGGGUGAGUCCGUUCACCUGCUCUGAAUGUGGGAAAGGUUUCAUGCACUCAUCCAAACUACGGAGACACUUGCUGGUUCACACUGAGGAGAGGCCAUUCACCUGCUCUGAGUGUGGGAAGGGAUUCACUCAGUCAUCCAAACUACAGACACACUGGCUGGUUCACACUGGGGAGAAACCGUUUGCCUGCUCAGUAUGUGAGAAGGGAUUCACACGGUCAUCUCAACUGAAGGAACAUCAGCGAGUUCACACUGGGGAGAAACCGUUCACCUGCUCAGACUGUGGGAAGGAGUUCGCUCGUGCAUCUCAGCUGAGCGUCCAUCAACGAUUUCACACUGGGGAGAAACCGUUCAGCUGCUCUGAAUGUGGGAAGAGAUUCACUCUGUCAUCUGACUUGAAAGUACAUCAGCGAGUUCACACUGGGGAGAGGCCAUUCACGUGCUCGGACUGUGGGAAGCGAUUCAUUCGGUCAUCUCAACUGAACACACAUCAGUGCUUUCACACUGGGGAGAAACCGUUCAUUUGCUCAGACUGUGGGAAAAGAUUCACUCUGUCAUUUCGCCUACUGAGGCACCAGUUAGUUCACACUGGGGAGAAACCGUUCAUCUGCUCAGACUGUGGAAAGGAGUUCGCUCGAUCAUCUGGCUUGAAAAUACAUCAGCGAGUUCACACUGGGGAGAGGCCGUUCACCUGCUCAGACUGUGGAAAGGAGUUUGCUGGGUCAUCGGAUUUGAAAAUACAUCUGCGAGUUCACAUUGGGGAGAGGCCGUUCACCUGCUCUGUGUGUGGGAAGGGAUUCACUCACUCAUCCACCCUACAGAGACACCAGCUGGUUCACACUGGGGAGAGGCCAUUCACUUGUUCUGAAUGUGGGAAGGGAUUCACUCAGUCAUCCAACCUUUUGUCACACCAGCGAAUCCACACUGGGGAGAGGCCGUUCACCUGCUCAGAUUGUGGGAAGGCAUUCGCUCACUCAUCCACCCUUUUGUCACACCAGCGAAUCCACACUGGGGAGAGGCCAUUCACCUGCCCUGAAUGUGGGAAGGGAUUCACUCGGUCAUCCAAGCUACAGAGACACCAGUUAGUUCAUACUGGGGAGAAACCAUUCACUUUCUCAGAUUGUGGGAAGGGAUUCACUUAGUCAUCUGACUUGAAGCUACAUCAGCGAGUUCACACUGGGGACAGACCGUCAGACUAUAAGACUUAAGACCAGAAUGAGGCUGUUUACCCCAUCGAGUCUGUUCUGUCAUUUUAUCAUGGCUGAUCCAAAUUUGCUCUCCACUCCAAUCUCCUGUCUUGUCCCUGUAUCACUUCAUGCCCGGAUCAAUCAAGAUUCUAUCCACCUCUGCCCUAAAUGUACAUAAAGAAUUGGCCUCCACAGCUGCCUGUGGCACGGAAUUCCCCAGAUUCACCACUCUCAGUCCGUUCUCUGUCAUCUCCGUUCUAAAAGGACACCCCUCUAUUCUGAAGCUCUGUUCCCUGGUCGCACACUCUUCCACCACAGGAAGCAUCCUUUCCACAUCCACUCUAUCAAGCCCUUCCACAGUUUGAUAAGUUUCCAUGAGGUCAGCCCUAAUUCCUCUGCUGAUACAGGCUCAGGCCCAUUGAACGCUCUUCAUAUGACAAUCCAUUCAAUCCUGGAAUCUGUUUUUGUGAACAUACUCUGAACCUUCUCCAGUUUCGGCACGUCCUUUCCAAGAUCAGGGGCCCAGAACUGCCCUCCAAGUGUGGCCUCACCAGUGACGACCAACUUCCCGAAUUACAUCCUCGCUGAUAUAUUGUAGAUCUCUCGAAAUGAAUGCCGACGUUGCGUUUGCCUUCCACACCACAGACUCGACCUGCAAAUUAACCUUCAGGGAAUCCUGAACAUGGACUCCCCGUGACCCUUUGCACCUCAGUUGUUCGGUAUUUUCUGUCCAUUUCGAAAAAGUUAACACUUUCAUUUCUUCUACCAAAAUGCAUGAACAUACACUUCCCGGCACUGUAUCCCAUCUGCUGUUUUUUUUUCCCAUUCUCUAAAUCUAUCUCAGUCCUUCUGCACCCUCUCUACCGAAAACUACCUGCCCCUCCUCAUGUCUUCAUAUCAUCUGCAAACCUUGUAACAAAGCCAGCAAUUCUGUCUUCCAAACUAUUGGAAUAUUACAAAAAUCACCAGUCCGAACACAGAGCCCUGAGGAACACCACUAGUGACUGGCAGCCAACCAGAGAUGGCUCCCUUUAUUCCCAGUCUUUGCCUCCUACCAUUCAGCUUGUCAUGGUCCAGUCCAUGACGUCUGCGUUCUGGUUCACGGUCCGGUCCGUGGACUCUGGACUCCAGGUCUUCUGGCUGUCCAUUGUUUCAUUGUUUAAUCACAGGCACUGAUUCUCAAAUUGGGGCUGGAAUAUCAGUGGCCCUGGGUUCGACUGUAGGUUCGGGUUGGUCUUGUCAGUAUCCUGUCCUCGCCACUGUGGGGUAGGUCAGGCCGUCUUUGCCAUUGCCCUGCGGUUGAUUCUGUCCCUCCCUGUCCUCGCCUCCGUUGGGUAAGACAGGCCGGCUUUGCCGUUACCCUUCCCUGGACUGUUCCCUUCCCUUCCCUUACAUCCCUUCCCCUUCUUUCAGCAACCCACUCCUGAAGCCUUGCCUGCAACCUCGCCUGCGUCAUCGCCUGAAUCACCAUCAAGUUUAACCGCUAGAGUGAGACUGGAGCCUUGUCAUGCCAACAGAAGGAACUGUUUAUCGAUGAGCUUGGAACUGUCUCUUUGUGUCCCCGUGUUUAGUGUCCGUGUAUGAGUCCCGACCCUACGUCCUUUCCCCAAGGAGGGUUCCUGACUCUAUGUAAAGCCCCGGCCCUACGUCCAGUCCCCAAGGAGGGGUCCUGACUCUAUGUAAAGCCCCGGCCCUACGUCCUGUCCCCAAGGAGGGGUCCUGACUCUAUGUAAAGCCCCGGCCCUACGUGCUGUCUCCAAGGAGGGGUCCUGACUUUAUGUAAAGCCCCGGCCCUACGUCCUGUCCCCAAGGAGGGGUCCUGACUAUGUAAAGCCCCGGCCCUACGUCCUGUCCCCAUGGAGGGGUCCUGACUCUGUGUAAAGCCCCGGCCCUACGUCCUAUCCCCAAGGAGGGGUCCUGACUCUGUGUUCUGUGUUCCUCUGCUUGAGUCCAAGGCUCAGUAGGAAGACUGUUUGCUGCUACUCGAGUGGACUGUUGUUGUUUGUCGUUCCGUGUCCCAAGUCCAGUCCAAGUCUCAGGCUUCGAGUCAAGUCCAGUCCGGGUCAAAGUCUCCAAGGAGGUUUCCACUCCAUGUUCGAGGCUCCGAGGAGGUUCCCAGUCCUGUUACCUUGCCACGUCCAGUCCUCGUCUGGAUCCGGAGUCCGAGCCCGAGUCAAGACCCAGGAUCCGGGUCCCUGUCCAAUCUCUGGCUCGGAAUCCUUGUCCAGGUUCCUCGUUCCCAGUUCUUAGUUCCUCGUCCAGGCCUCACCUUCCUACCCUUGUCCUAGCCAAUGCCUAGUCUUGUCCAGUGUCGUUUCUUCCCCACUUCUUGCUUGAUACACCUAGUCCUCUCCCUAGCACUUCAGUGUCUGUGUCUUGCAUUUGGGUCUGUUCCCAACGCCCACCUUAUGGCACAGCCUCUGUUUAACCCAUGCUGGAGUCUCCACUGUAAUACCGUGGGUUUAUUCAGCAGCCUAGUGUGGUGCACCUUGUCAAAGGCCUUCUGAAAAUCCAAGUAUACAACAUCUAUUUCUUCAUUCGUGUUGCUUUUCCAGCACGAGUUUCACUUGAGGAAACAAAUUCUCCUUUGUCGAUCCUGCUUGUGGUUCUUCCAAGAAUGCCAACAGAUUUGUCAGGCAAGAUAUUCCCUUCAGGAAACUUUGCUGAUUUUGAGACAUAGGAGGCUCGAAGAAAAAUAGAGGGCGAUGGGUAACCCUAGGUAAUUUCUGAGGUAAGGGCAUGUUUGUCACUGCUUUGUGGGCUGAACGGCCUGUAUUGUGCUGUAGGUUUUCUAUGAUUCAAUGGCAUAUGGUCUUCAGUCAAGGAUUAAAGGCAGAGCCUCGCAGCAGUUUUUUUUUUCCGUUGGACCUUUGAGCCGCGGCCAGUCAGCAUUUGGGUUUGCUCAGCAAGAACUGAAAGUUGGGCAGGAGCGAGUGGAGCGGUCAGUGUCAGAGUGAAUAGAGUCGGAGUGGAGAUUUUGAGGCUUCAGCUGUCAGUGAUAGGAGCCUUCAGUCAGAGAAGGUAUAAUUAAGCUGAAGGUAGAGAUUUUUUUGCCCCCUUCUUUUCAGUUGCUUAGUGAGAACAGCAGAGAUUACAGACGGGGUAGCAGAUAGCUCCUCUGGUGGGGUGUGGGAAGCAGGGACACCUCCAUCUUCUAACAAGGCACGGAACAGACACUCUGACUGACCAUCAAAUUCUCGGACUGUAUUCCUGUCUGUGUGAGAUUGGGCUGUUUCUGACUUCAAUCAAUCUAUGACUUGGCUCAAUUUGUCCUUUGACAUUAUUUCAAGUUCUGGUCAUGUUGCACAACACUACAAAGUUAACAUUUUACUGCAUGUACGAUCCUGGAGAUUUACUAAUUACUUGGAUCGCCCCCCCCCCCCCCCCAUCUGCUGAUUGACAGUGAUGAACCCAUCGAUGGCAAUGCCAAUGAAUAUAUAGUGGAGGGCAGUGGUUAUUCUCAUUGGAGUGCGGCACCUUUGUGAUCUGAAAGCCAGAAGUCACUUGUCGUCGAGGCAAAGGUGUUUCAUAUCGUUAUCAACCCAGAGUGAACUGAAUCUGACGGAAGGUUUUAUUUCCAUACAGCACGAAUUGACAUUUUCACUAGUUCAACGGACUCGGAGUCCGCAGCGGUUGGAGCAUUUUCAUUGUGUGCUGCAUCUGCGAGGCUGAGUCGGACGGCGCUGUGAAAGUAUAGCGGAGGUAUUCCCUUCUGCCGCCUGCGUGGGAUGGCGAGGCUGUCGGGACCCUGAGGGCUUGUGGAAACUGUGUGCUGGUUUCUUUUAGAACUUAUAGUCUUUUAACAUCUUUGGACUAUUUUAACUGUUCCCAUGGUCUGUUUUUUUUUAAAUCAAUUAUGCUAUUGUUUGCUCUGUUGUAACUAUAUGUUGUAAUUAUGUGGUUUUGUGCAGGUCUUGUAUCUUUAGUUUUUGGUCUUGUUUUGUCUGGUGAUUUGGAGCUACUUUCCAGAGAACGCGCUAAGAUCGUAGCGCGAUAUUAAUAAGCAGCAUCCUCUCCGGACUCUGGAUUGGGGAUUGCCAAACGUUACGUGGAUUUUCUGGUGUAGUCUGUUCUGUAAUGUGCUUUUGUGAUAUCUCACAAAACGUUGUCUCAUUUUUAACUGCAUUGCAUUUGUGGUUUCUAAAUGACAAUAAACUGAAUCUGAAUCUAAAUGGAAGGUAAACUCUUUAACUGAGAUAAACUGGUAACUAUAUUUUUGUUCAGAGUUCAUAA